CCUCCUCCCCCCGGCAACAAGCGGCACCAUUUGAGUACACAUUCAUUCAGCAGAAUUUUCCCCCAAUGCCCCCUAUUUAAUACCAAGCGAAGCACACAUCCGCACGCAGUUUUCUGCUUCUCAAUGAGCCAAAUUAGCAACCGCUCUCUACGCAAAUCUUUGACGUCAGCAUCCGAGCGAUUCAGAUUCAGAUUCUUCGGCCCAAGGUCCCACUGUUUGCACAACAACACGACGCCGAACUGGUCGCCACUUAAGACGCUGAUUUAUGCACGAAAUGCUAAUGGAAAUGCAACUUCAAAUGCUAAUUGCGGCGACGGUCAAAGACUCGACUUCGUCGUGGACUUGGGCAUCCCGGCACCCGGGGGGCUAAGAGACGGAAGCCCAGAGAAGCACCGAGAAGACGACAGUUCAUCACAAUUGCGUUUGCAAAUCAACGAGGCGACAAGCGAAGGCGCGCAUGCGCAGCACUGAAGAUUCAGAUUGGAUCGGAGGGCCUAACCCACGCCAACUGUUUGCUGAUGGCUCUGUCUCUGUCUCUGACUCUGCCCCUGUCUCUGUGCCUCAUUCAUAUGCAAAUCCGUCCACGCUGGUGACCACAAAUGAAAUGCCAACACGCAGAAAUGCAAAGAGAGCAUCGAAUUGCAAAUUAUGGGAUGCCGGCGUUGACAAAGUUGCGCCUGAAUAAUUCCAGCCCUGUUAGAAACGACAACUUAGCGAGUGCGAGUGCGAAUAAGAAUACGAAUACGUAUGCGACCCAGACACAAACGUGGACCCAAGAUCCAAGACCAAGUCCCCAAUCCCCAAG